AUGAGUUAAGAGAGGGGACAGUUUCCACAGUGUGAAGCUCGUCUGUCUGCCCUCCAUUCUCUCCUUCUCUCCACCAUGAUGCGACUGUGGUUCCCCAGAGGCCCCUGUGUGGCAGCUGUGAUGGUGGUGCUGAUGGUGCUGAGCCCUCCCGUGGCUCUGGUCAGGGACCAUCAAGCACGGUUCCUGGAAUAUGGUAAAUCUGAGUGUCACUUCUACAACGGGACGCAGCGCGUGCGGCUUCUGGACAGAUACUUCCACAACGGGGAGGAGUAUGUGCGCUUCGACAGCGACGUGGGCGAGUACCGCGCGGUGACCGAGCUGGGGCGGGGCAUAGACAAAAACCUCAACAGCCAGAAGGACUUCAUGGAGCAGACGCGGGCCGAGGUGGACACGUACUGCAGACACAACUACGGGGUCGUGGAGAGCUUCACUGUGCAGCGCAGAGUUGAGCCCAAGGUGUCUGUGUACCCUGCAAAGACGCAGCCCCUGGACCACCACAACCUCCUGGUCUGCUCUGUGAAUGGCUUCUACCCUGGCCGCGUUGAAGUCAAAUGGUUCCGGAACGACCAGGAGGAGAAGACUGGGGUGGUGUCCACGGGCCUGAUCCCCAAUGGAGACUGGACCUACCAGAGCCUGGUGAUGCUGGAGACGGUUCCUCAGAGUGGAGAGGUUUACACCUGCCAGGUGGAGCAUCCCAGCCUGAGCAGCCCUGUCACAGUGGAGUGGAGGGCGCGGUCCACGUCCGCACAGAACAAGAUGCUGAGCGGGGUCGGGGGCUUCGUGCUGGGUCUGCUCUUCCUUGGAGCUGGGCUGUUCGUCUACUUCAGGAACCAGAAAGGACAGUCUGGACUUCAGCCAACAGGACUCCUGGGCUGACUGAGGCGCAAAGGCUGAUGGGAGGAGCGCUCCCAUGCUUAUGGCAAGAAACCAAAUCCUGCUUGGAUUGAAGUCCUCCAUGGACAGUGCUCCCCAGGACCUGGCUCCUCCUGGCUCUGGGCCCUGCAGACCUGUGCUCCCUCAUGGCUGCUCAGUCCCUGGCCCGGCCUGGCAGCCCAGGACAGAGGCCCCUCUCCUCACAUGUGUCCCUUCUUUUUGUCACCCGCCCUUUGCCUGGUGCUCUGAGCCAGUCUGCUGUCACAUGCUUUCUUAUGUUUUAUCAAUAAAGAAAGAAUGAAAACCA